AUGUUUAAACAUGAUUUUCAUGACCCAUACAAUAUGGAGGAGUAUUUCCAGAUAUCCGAUAAAACAAGGACAUUAGAACAUCAAUAUACGGACCUUCUUACCAGAAAGCUGAGGUUGGAGACUCUACUAGUGGAAGAGGAUUACAACAACCUUCUUGUAAUGCAUUCCGAGCUAGUUUCUAAGGCAAGGGAUAGCGAGGAUAGCUAUAAGAAGCAUAUAAAUGAUCUAAAGACAAUGAUUGAUAAACUUAACCAAGAUAAUGCUAAGAAGGAAGAUGACAUUAGGAGGCUGACAGAGGAAAACAAAAAUCUGAUGAGUACUGUUCAGGAGUUAGAGAAGAAGAGCAAGGAGGAAAGUAGACAAGGAGAAAGGAAGAUUAAAGGGGGAAAGAAGGGAGCCGGAGACCUUGAGGAAGAUGAGAUAUGGGAGGUUGAGGGUCUCAAGAAAAUGGAUGAGAUACAUAGGAUUGCUAAGUCUCUCGAGGGUGAGUUACAGAGUAACCUAAGUAAGCUUCAAGAGGAAUGUAUUCGGUACAGAGGAGACACAGAAAGAAUGGCUUCUGAGAUAGAAAAGUUGAAGCUAAGGAAUGCUGAUAACAUAGAGAAGAUAAAUGAAAUAAAAGAAAAUAAGGCGGACAUUGAGGAGAAGUUAAAAAGGCUAGAGGAGGAGAAUGCUAGGUUAGCGAAAGAGAAGAUAUGCUCUGAUGAGCUUCGAAGAUCCAUUAAUGAGAAGGACGAGAUUAUAUCUGCAUUGAAGGAGAAUAUGAAGCAGAAGUCAGAAUUGAUUGAAAUUCAGAGGAGGAUGAUUGGGGGAGGGCCACAGGAGAGCAGAGUUAUCUUGAAUGACGAUGUUUGCAAUGUAUUUGAUGAGGAGAUCCUCAAGGCUGAGGAAGGUAACGAUGAGCUGGAACUGGGUGACGAAUGUAACGCUAUGGAGGAGUUCUGGAACGAUGUCCCUAUAAAAUCAAAGGCUACAAUGAGAAAGAAACCUGAAGGGGUAGCAUCAGCAAGAAGAAAGACAAAUGCCCCCAAGGCAGAGAAGAUUAGGAGAAUCCUACCAAAAGCAGUAACAUCUAUAGAGAAAACAAAGUCAGAUAUAAACACCAAAGUAUUUGAUAGGGUAUUGGACAACAAGGAGAUAUCGAAGACUUCUGAAACAUCCAGGAAGUUGCUUACUCCAGGACACCUGCUCAAGCCCGAAAACUCUUCAUACUUUGCAGAUCUGACAUUCAAUAACUCAAGCCCGGUGAUCAAGAAGGAUCAGUUACCCAAGAAGAGGUAG